AUUCGCGACCUUGGAUUCUUCAUUUUUCAUGGGGAACCUAAACAAUAUCACACGAAAUCUCAAGAGCGACAAGAUUAGAGACCGACAGGAGGGCCUUGCCUCUAUCAAGGAAGCUUUCUCCAAAGACAAGGUUCUCAGCACAUUCGGCGUCAAUAAGCAAGGUAAAUCAGACUCUGGAGCUUGGCUUGCUUUAUUCCAAGCUUUAUUCGAAUGCUGCACUCAAGAGAAGCUAGCGGCGACGAAGAAGACGACGCAGAGUGUCGCGUCGGCAGAGAAGAGGCUGGCGGAGGCAGCAAGGACGAUUCGGUGGAUGGUUGAAAGAACGAAACAUUUGAUGACGAAGAAAGUUUCCUCUGCUGUCUUUGACCAUCUAAGACAGUUGAUGAUUCACAAGGGUGCAUUGCUAGGACCGGUUGUAUUGGAUUAUGUGAAGGCUUUGCAAACCAUGCUGGAUUACGGGCCUCAUCUGGACCAUUUGGAAGAGGAAAGGUGGCUGGACAUGGUAGAACUCUCGUUAAACGUUAUUCUGGGAGAUCCUGUUAGGGCUACUUUCGGGGAGGAUGACGAUUUAGAUGCUGCAGAAAAUAUUCCGCCUUCCACUCCAGCAUCGACGGAGGACGGUGAUGAAAUGUAUGUCGAUGAUACGAACGAAGACGAGGAUGAAGGAAUAUCACGCCCGAGAAAGCGCAGACGAACAGAAACACCCCCGACAACUGGAUUUCGCCCAAGCGCGAGUCAACCUCGAGCGUCUAGUAACCGAAUCACCGUCGCGCCGGAGCAAAUUGCUUUCAUGUCCCUCCUUGCUACCCUGAUAUCCUCCCCUUCAUCGCCUUUCACUUCUGAUCACUAUCCUUAUCUCCCGUCCUCGGUCUUGGGCCGACUUCAUCGGUUCCUUCAACGAUAUCCAACCGACACAACGCUUCACCACGAUUUUCUACGCGUUCUAACAUCGACUUUAACCCAUAUAUCGUACAACGAUGCGGCGGUGGUGACCAAAUUUACAUACAAGAGUUGGGACAGCUUGGUCAAACUAUGGUCAACAAAGAACAAGACCCUCAAGGAGGGACUGAUAUCUGUCUUUCGGAUGUUAUUCCCAUUCCUCGCCCUAGGAUCAAAGGGUUCGCAAUGUUCUGAGAUGUUAUGGAACUUAUGGAACGCAUUGAGUGCAGAAGCUGAAAGCAAGUGGGGAUUGGACCUACUGUCAAUGGAGAGUUUGCGACUAGAGCUUCGCGGGGAAGACACUCGAGAAGAGAAGGAGGCUUUCGUUGCAAACGUCUUCAGAGCAGGAUGCAACUUUGAUCGGCCACAAGCAAUGAUGUGGUCAAUACUCGAGUUACAGGCAGACUGUAUUGAAAAGCUUUAUCAUCACUCUGAAUCCAUACACUCGCUUUCGCCACCAGUCAGACCGACUCAAACCCAGGGGAAGCGGGCUAGAAUUGAAAAUCCUUUGUCUAUCGUGCUUUCAUCCAUCCGAACCCAAAUGUCAUUAGCCCCAAGAAUCUACCAUCUCCAAGUUUUGUUGUUUUUUAUUGACAGGCAUUGGAGUGUUCUACAUCGUGAAUUGAAGACAGAGGUCUUUGCCACUCUCCUCCAGUUCAUAUCUGCCGAUGAUAAAGAUGGGACGGUUCAGAAUUGGAUCAUGUUGUGCUUUGCUGCCAUCGCUUCCACUGAUUUUUCUUUGAGUGAUAACUCGUCAUAUCUGACUGCUACCCAACCAUCGUCGUCCAUCUCCAUUCCUACACAAAUUCUACGCGAUGCAUCCCCAUCAUGGGAACAGGUUUGGACCCACGCCAUUCGCCGUACAAAUAUCUCAGCACUCUGUCGUACCGCUUGCCAUGCGGCACUCGCUAUUUUAUCCCAUCCUAACCUUCAAUCGACACGGAGAAGGGCUUUCGCACGCCCUCCACUUUCUCCGCAGCGCGCCGUGACUGAUAUCGAAGCGUUGUUGAAGGAUUUGGACGUUCAAGGUCCCUCAUCUCCAUACGAUUCUGUGUGUGCUUUCCUAUCAACUUGUCUACGAGUUAUCAAUCAGGAUGUCCGUAUAUUCCGUAUGCAACUCGAAGACAAGGUGUUGAGCUGGCUUACGGGCUUUUGGCAACUGGGUCAUAUCGAUGUUCUCCCUCAUGUCCAGUUUUACCUCGUCCAAGACGUUUUAGAUUUGUUGGAGACCAUCUGUGCGUGUUCCAAGCGAAGUUCCUUACUUUGCAGGACUCCAUUGCCCCCUUGUCUUACGGUAGACACCUUGGUCACUUGGGAGAAGAUGAGGAUCAUUCGUGAAUUUGUGCUGGAGGCGCAGUUACCGGCCUUUCGGCCUAAUGCUGAUCAUGAUGAAACAUCUCGCCACCCGGAUUCCAUAUCAACCGCUUCUACUUCUAUUCCCUCCGAAGCGGACAUUUGUGAACCACGGGUUAGGGAGAAGAGAAUCUCUGGUUUUUUCCUCAAAUCCAUUGAAUCGUUAGCAUCCCAAUGGCAAGAAUUGCAAUCGAAAGAUAUUCGACCGAGGGCGGAAUCCGUGAAACAGCUAUUGGACAUUGCGGUCAUCGCGCUUUCGUUCGAGUCUAUUCUGUUUCUGAACGGUAUUCGUUGCGACAAGCGAUCAAUCCGCACGGCUUGCAAGUUGAUAGAACUCGUCGCGCCUGCAUUGGCCGAUAGCCGAUGGACUUUUGACGAGAAAUGUUUUAUCUUGCAAGCCCUUGAGCCAUUGGUUACCAUAGGCAUGGAAUCAUACGACGAUGCACCCUGGAUUGCUAUGUUGACUGCUAGAAAAUCGACGGGUGUUCGGUACGAGGUGUUGCGCACGUUAAUGCCCGACCAACAUAGAGGGAACGCGUCACGUUCGGCCACAAUAGAACAUCUCCGGGCUUUGUGGACCCACUUUGAGAUCCAAAGCUGCUUCGCCGACGUCUUUGCCACGCUUCGGAAUCUUUUACAUGGAAUUGUUUCAGACGAUAUAGAGGGUACGAAGAAGACGUUGGAUGUUGACGAUAGGGAUGGUUUUGGGCCAAUCAAAACGGCUGAUGGAGACUUGGUUGGGUUUAGCGACGACAAAUCGUCGUCGGUGCGGUUUGCAAAAAUGUGCAUCAACUUUAUGUCCGUCGCGCCGUUGUUGCAGUCAUCAUCUGGGGAACCUACGAGAGAUCAAGAUCUCAUCGAACUUAUCAUCGAGGCUGCUUCAGCUAAGACGGAGGUUUUCCUUGCGAUCUGUCCGACCCUCCUCAAUAACGUGCGAAACUCCAACUUGUAUUUGUCGAUGAAUAACGUGGACCUCCUACUCGACAAAUGGGGAAGUAUCGCGCGCAUGCAUGCAUAUGCACGGAGCGCAUAUUCUCAGCUCCUAGUUAUCCGAAUAUUGGAUGCAAGUAUACCCCUUUGGCUUUCCUCAUCAGCUGUGAACCUUGGCGUAGGUGGCAAGGUUCGCUCAGUCCUUGACUAUCUCAUAACCAAUCUUGAGAAAAAGAGGCUUACAUGGAAAGUACGAGACUCGUUUGCUCGUCUGCUUGAAAAAUAUAUCGAUAACGAUCCUCUCCAACGGUUCUGGAGACAAAACGAUGUUCCUGGUCUUCCAAGUCAACUGCUUCCAGAGAUGAAUGGAGAUUCAGACGUUCGGGUGAGGUUUAGGGUGUCUGCCAUCAGUGCGCGUCUCUUUGAAUUUGCUGCUCGAGUCGAUCUGGUUCCUAUGGUUCUCUACGAUCAAGUCCGAAAACAUUAUUCCGUUGAUAUUCAAAGGCAUGAACAUAUCGUUACCCGAAUUCUAUCACUCGGCAAUAUCAUGAUCGUGAGCUCAGCAGUUCGACGCGGCCCAUACUGGCAUUUGCUGGAAACCUACUAUCAUGCAGAGAGGUUUGCACCGUAUCUAGAAGCUACGUUGCAAGAGGUUGCGCGACGCAUUGGUUUGAAACCAUUCUCGACCUUGUUCGAAGCUUAUGCUUCCCAGAUGGCAUACACCAUUCGGCAAGCCCAUCACAACAUUCUUCGCGUACCACCUCAUCUCCUUGGAUACAAAGAUCAUAAAGAAAGGGCCGUUGCGACUUUCCGAUUUUUCACUCCUGACAACAUCCUUGCUCGUGGCAAUGAUGUCGAACGUGGAAAAGGGUUGUUUCGGGGUCACUGCGAAGCUAUUCAAAAACGGCCCGAAGAUGGCUUACGAGAGUGUUUUGGCGACAUCUUUGCGUACGCACUACUCUUAUGGGUAAAGAAGAUGGGCGAUUCUAACCAGACAUUGGAGGAUCAAACAUUCAUUAAAGAGUUGGCGGCCAUAUUUGAAUGGUCCGAGGGUGAUGUCAGGCUUGUCUUACGGGAGAAGGUUGAUAAUGUGGUCUCAUCCAUCCUCCGCACCUUAAAUGAUCAGGACGUUUCGUCUGAGGGACCGAUUAGGAGUGUUCUUCGCUUACUGGAUGACGGAGGAACAAGUAUCCUCACCUUCGAGAGGUUAACUAAGUACAGGUCUACUGCAGAUUUUGAGAUCCAUGAACCAAAUCUCCCGAGGUUCGGGACAUGGGUCGUUCUAGUCGCGAUAAACACGGUGCUCAGCUGGGUGGCUGAUGUUGACCACGACGCCCUGACUUACCACGUGUUACAAGAAUUGUUUUCCUCCGUCGAAUCCUCGUCUCUGGUGAAUGAGCAGAUUAGAUUGAUCAAUGCCAUCACAAUUUGGAUUGCACUUCAGCAUGGACGAUUUCGAAAUCACACCUUGCUUCAUACAGUAAUUCGCGGGGAAUGUUCAAUACUUGCGCAGGUCGAACUAGCUCGGUCUGCCCAAUCGAUCCUUGAAUGGUGUUUCAGCUGCUACUGUGAAAACGGUCACCGAGAUGCUCGCUUUCCGGACGUCCUCGUCCGUAUCGCCUGCGUGUGCUGCGACUAUCGGAAAGACUCGCUGAGCACCAGGGUGUCUACGAUGGGAGAUGACCUUGUGUCCUGGAUAGAUAGCCAGGCGUUUGCCAUUUCCGAGGCGAACGCUCUCGCUGGGCAGGUGCAGAUCGCCCUUACGGCUUGGCCACACCCUGUUCCAACGAAACUGAAUGAACUGUCUUCCUCUUUGUCCAUCGAUAGUUUGUCGAAGAUAUUGGACGAGAACUGUAUCUCAUCUAACAAGUUCCGCGUCGUACACCGGCUACUUCAAGAGGCUGGUUCUGGAACGGUAGAAGCUUCUCAUUUUGCCCAAUACGACUUUUGGGACCUUAAGGAAUGCAUUCCAUCUAAGGAUAAAUUGGAGGACGAUGACGUGCUUGCCUUUGCUUCAUUGCUUCUGCUGAACAAAGGCACCAUCAGCAGCUUUGGGAGCGAGCAACUCCUUGCUGGACCGAAACGUAGGCGCCGUGUUCGGGGUCGUCAAGUUAACCACAAUUCCACCGAUACACCGGAACGUUCUCUUAUCAUUUCCUUGCUUACCUUGUUGGAGUGUGGAGAUGCUAAUCGUCGUCAUGCUGCUUAUCGAACUUUACGCGCCCUUCUGGUGGGCUUGUACGCUCAACGUGAUGUUUUUCACUCUUGGCCCUCGCAGUAUGAUGAUGAAGUAGGUUUUCUUGGGAAGUUUGAUUCGCCCAUGUCAACUUCAUCGAAACGCAGAUUAGGGGAGCUGAACACGGAAGACUUCUUCGAUGCCUCCAAUUGUUUCGAAAAAUGGAUCGGGAAGACAUCCAUACUCCUCAGCGAAAUUCUUGCCGAGUCAAAGGCUUUCUAUGCACAAUUGCCCCCUAUUCUCGAUACCGAUGCAUCCUUCGCCGAGGAGAUAUUACCCGUGCUUGUGCAAACGGUAUUGCAAGAUCCAAGUGAGUCAGAGUCAGGAAGGGCUCAUGCAUCGAUAUUGUCCAGUUACUUUUCCGGUGUUCUCUCCUCGAAGACAACGAACGCCUCUUGUCGCAGGUGCAUCAUUGAAAUCGUUUUACACCUCCGGAACGUCAAGCCCAACUCAAAUGACGCUCUUGCACAUGAAAAAUGGCUCACGAUUGACUACCUAAUACUCGCCCAGAACGCGAUAGCUUGUGGAGCGUAUACUACCGCCCUUCUCUUUCUGGAACUUGGGGAUGAUCAGAGAAGGUCUCAGCCAUCAAAAGCACCAAACGACAUCACCGCCUACGAGGUGGAAGUUGAAAAAGUGAUGUAUGACAUCUAUGCCAAUAUCGAUGAGCCGGAUGGUUUCUACGGUAUCAAAACUCAGAACCAUCACGAAUUCCUUAUGAGGCGCUUCCACCACGAGGAUCAGUGGGAGAAAGCCUUCCGUUUUCACGGCGCCGCCUUAGAGGCAGAUACGAAUAACAUAACUGAAGCUGAAGGUCUGCUACAGUCCUUCCAUUCGUAUGGUUUUGAUCAUCUCGCCACGGGAACUCUUCUGAACACCGUUGCGCCCGAGAAACCUAAUCUAGCCCUGACCUACCAGUUAGGUUGGCGCACCGAGACGUGGGAUCUUCCAGACGUGGAAGAUGAACAUUCCUCGGGGGCUUCCCUCUAUCUCGCCCUUCGAGCUUUACACCGGGAACGCGACUAUCGUGUAUCAGAAACUAUAGUCAAGGAUGUCUUUUUCAGAGAAAUGGAGCAUCUUCGCUCUCUCGGCUCAGAGAACAUUGCUUCUAUACGUGAAACGACCCGCAACCUGAUGUCGCUGAGCCAGGUGACUGCCUGGAUGAGCAAACUCGACAAAUCGCCAGAUAAUGUGCUCGAGGCGUGGAGCGAUUACCCGAUAACAGAUUCUGGGUUUCAGUUCUCUGAUUUUUGCAACAUCAUGGCCACCCGCAUAUCUCUUCUAAGGUCUGCACGACACAGAGAAGAGCGCCAGCAAAUUGGGAAUAUGAGAUCAUGUCUCAGUCAAGCACUAUUGGAGGGUGAGAAGCAUUGUCUGAUACAGCUGGCACGCAUUGCACGGGAAGCUAGACACAGUCAGAUAGCUCUCAAUUCGGUGACACGUGCGAGGAAAUUGGAAGAGUCACUCUCAACUUCCUUCACAGUCUCUGAAGAGCAUGCUUCUGUGUUAUGGUUGCAUCAAGAAGAAAAGCUUGCAGUUGACCUACUGAAAGACUUGAGGGCUAACCUACCGGUGGUUAGCAAGGAUGAUCUAUCGUCCGAAGAGGCACUCCGGCGAGCUUUGUUGAACGCGUGUCUUGGCUCCUGGACCGCUGAAGCGUGUUUGGAAAAACAUAGUGAAAUCUGGAAGGAGUGUUUCGCCACCGCAAUUACCUUACUACAGUCUACAUCCCAUCGUGAAGAGGGCGAGACUCGUGCGUCCGUUUACCACAAAGCGGCUAUAUUUGCAGAGCAUCAAUACUAUGCAAUCGUGCGGUCACCAGAGACCAUUCGCUGGAGGGUCUACCUAGAGCGAAAGCAAAAAGAGAUUGCAGUACUUCAAGAACAACGCAAGCGAUACAGAGAAAAUACAAAAGAACAUGAGGAACUCGGUAGUCUCAUCACUCGAGCCAAGAAAGUUAUGCUACAAGACCAGGAAGCGAACAAACGGCAGAGCGACUCUCGCAAGGAGUAUCUAGGACACGCUAUCGACAUGUACUCUCGAUGCUUAGAGGAGUCGGACAGUUUCGACCAGGACGCUCCGAUCCGUCUAUGCUCCCUAUGGCUAGGCAACUUCGAUGAUUCUAAAAUGGGGGAAGCUUUCCGUGUGGCAAUUGAACGUGUCCCAUCGCGAAAGUUUGUUUUCCUUGCUCACCAACUUACGGCAAGACUCUCCGCAGAUAGUCCAGCCCAAAAGAUUUUGCAGCGUUUGAUCCUCCGUAUGAAUUUGGAACAUCCGUUCCAUAGCCUGUACCAGGUACUUUUACUAAACCCACCUCGAGGAGAAGCGGAUUCUUCACGAAGGUCUUCAGCUCGCAACCUGAAGUCCCUCUCACCUGGUACCCCGACGGAGCGUGCGAACGCAGCGAAAGAAAUUCUGGACCGUAUUCGAAAUGAAUCUAGUCAAGAUCGUCUGCUAGCUAUUGAAAAGUUUUGUUUUGCCGCCCUUCAGUGGGCCGAUCAUCCUAUCAAGAAGGAUAAGAACAUUAAGACUGGUUCCUACGAUAUUCCAUCCCACUUAGUCAUUCUCAAGCUAAAGCUUGCCCACCCGAAGGUCCCAGUUAUCACCGUGCACACUCCGGUCGACCUUACGAUGCGAUACGAGGACUGCAUUUGGAUCGAUAAAUACGACUCAAAAUAUACCACCGCCGGUGGGCUAAGCAAGCCUAAAAUCUGUGUUUGUCGAGGUUCUGACGGUCAGUCAUAUAAGCAACUAUUCAAGGGCGAAGAAAGCGAUGACCUCCGGCAAGACGCUGUCAUGGAACAGGUCUUUCAACUUGUCAACGCCGUUCUACAACGCGAUCCUGAGACGAGGCGAAGACUCCUUCGUGUUCGCGACUACAAAGUCAUUCCCCUAGACACUCAAGCAGGUGUGUUGGAGUUCGUUAACGAUACAAUGCCUCUUCGUAGCUGGUUGACUACCGCCCAUGUCAAGUAUAGGCCUCAGGAUCGGAAGGACGUCGCGAGUUGGUGGAGUAGACUUUCUUCGAACAAUGCGGGAAAGGAAAUUCACAAGGAUCCGGAAGAGCGCCUCCGAAUCUAUCGUGAAACUAGAAAGGUCUUCCGACCCGUUAUGCGUUACUGGUUCACUGAAAAGCACAAGACUCCGAUCUCAUGGUUCGGGAUGCGACUCAAUUAUACGCGCAGCGUUGCUACGACCUCCAUUGUUGGUCAUGUUCUGGGAUUAGGUGACCGCCAUACCUCGAAUAUCCUUUUGGAUAGUAAGAGUGGUGAGGUUGUUCAUAUAGAUCUGGGUUUGGCCUUCGACCAGGGAAAUUUAUUACCUGUACCCGAGUCGGUUCCCUUCAGAAUGACUGAAGACAUGGAAGAUGGUAUGGGAAUGUCUGGUACUGAGGGUGUCUUCCAGCGUUGUGCAGAAGAAACCAUGCGAGUGCUACGUGAGGGCUCGGAGGUAAUCAUGACGGUGUUGGAGGUGUUCCGGCACGACCCGUUACAUAACUGGACCAUGAACGACAUGAAAAUGCAAAAGAUUCAACACCAAUCUAACUGCCAGCACACCGUCACCACUGCAAAUAUUCCCGGUCUCAGCAUCAACAUGGCUAGCGGUAAUGCAGAAGAAGACGCUGACCGCGCUUUGAGUUCAGUCGCAAGAAAGUUAGACAAGACGCUCAGCGUCGCCACGGUCGUUCGCGGACUGGUGGCCGAGGCGAAAGAUCCGGCUAACUUGAGUAGUCUAUAUCAUGGUUGGGGUCCGUUCUAUUAAUUACUUUAUUAUCAUUCACUGUCCUUUGUUUUGCUUUGCAUCAUGUCCUGUGCGUCUGUAUCAUCUUUCAUCACUGUACAAUACACAUAAAGAUAUGCUCU